UUGUAGCAUAUAUAUAUUGGGGUAAUAACGGAAUUGAAAGUAAUCCGGUUUAAUUUCGGUGGUUUGAGAUGAUGAAAGAGAUGAACAUGGAUAGAAGGGUUUAUGAAGCCGCCAUUAAAGGCGACGUGAGAGCUCUGCGUGAGUUGAUCCAAGAAGACGAGCUGGUUCUCGACAGAGUUACUCUGAAUUGCUUCCACGAAACUCCGCUGCAUAUAGCGGUGAUGCGAGGUCACGUCGAGUUCGCCCGGGAACUUCUUGGCCGGAAUCCUAAGCUUGCGGCGGAGUUGGAUUCAAGAAAAUCGUCGCCGCUUCACAUGGCGUCCGUCGGAGGGGAUUUGGAGAUGGUAAAACUCCUCCUUUCUGCUGACCCAGAAAUGUGCUUAGCCUCUGAUCGAGACGGCAGGAAUCCCCUCCACCUUGCCGCCAUGAAAGGCCGGGUUGAAGCUGUGAAAGAGCUGCUGGGAGUUCAACCGGCGGCGGUUCAGCAGAGAACGGUCUCCGGCAGGGAAACAGUUCUCCACCUGUGUGUGAAGCAUAAUCAGAUUGAAGCUCUCAAGACGUUAAUGGUGACUGUUGAGAGACAGAUUAUUGAUGAGAUUAUGAAUGCAACAGAUUCUGAUGGGAACACCAUUUUGCACUUGGCUGUUUCCGACAAACAAAUUGAGAUUAUCAAACAUUUGCUAAGCAUCAGUCAAAUAGCUGUAAACUCCACCAAUGAAAAUGGCUACACAGCAUUAGAUGUUCUAGCACAAGGCCUGAAGAAAGACACAAACGAUUUCGAGAUCGGAGAGAUGCUCCGAGACGCCGGAGCCUUAAGAGCCAAGGAAAUCUCCACCACUCAUCAUCAUCACCAACCCAGAACCACCACCACCAACAACAACCACCAAACCCCCGCCGGAGACUGGUUAUCAAGAAAACGCGAUUCCAUAAUGGUGGUGGCGUCCCUCAUCGCCACCAUGGCUUUCCAGGCCGGAGUAAACCCUCCGGGAGGAGUCUGGCAGGAGAAUUCAGAAUCCCCGCAGCCGCACAAGGCGGGGGAAGCGGUGAUGGCAUAUAAUCACGCCAAGGCAUACCGCUAUUUCAUCAAGACAAACACCACAGCUUUCGUCGCCUCCCUCAGCACCAUUCUGCUUCUGAUAAGCGGACUGCCCUUCCGGCGCCGGCCUUUCCUGUGGGGUUUGAUGGUGAUCAUGUGGCUCGCCGUCACCACGAUUGCGCUGUCCUACGGCAUCGCCAUUGUCAUCAUCACCCCCAAGCAGUACCGGGCGCAGUUGAGUAAUGUGAUUCAGAUUUCUGUCACGGUUUGGUGCUGUGUCAUGAGUUUGCUGAUGUUCGGGAACACGGUUCGAUUGAUCUUCAUGUGGAUGAAGAAGAAGAAGAAAGGGAAGAUUAAUGUUUCUUGGCCGCAGAACAAACCUAGUACUGCUACCUCUGUUUUCACAAAUGUUUGAUCAAGUAAACAUAGUUGUUAGAAGGUUGCUUUCUUGAGUUCUUCAGUCUAUAAUUCUUGAUUUCUUUUUUCAUAUGCUAUGUAAUCUUUUACCAUUUGAAACC